AUGAUAUCAUCGCGCGACCGUUGGACGGAAGGCGUAUCUGCGAGCGAUUGCCUCCAGCGGCGAACGAUGCAACCUUGACGGUCGGGGUCCGUCCCGAUUACCUAAGGCUGUGUGUGCAGAUGCAUGCCUCUCCUCGUAUGCUGCCUCUACAAUACCUACCUACGUGCUGCUGGACGUUCCGCAUCCUAGACACCACCAACGCACCACCACCACCACCAAAGCACCCUGGGCCCCGAGCCUGAACCCGUCAUCCCGUUCCCCGACAACCUAAAGAGCCCUGCCUAGUCCAUUCCGGCCUCAUCACCGUUUCACCCAGUCUCGUCUCGCCACCGCCUCUGACUGACUCCGCCGCUGCUUCAUCUACCUACACGUACCUACUUGUUCUCGACCGCGCUCUCCAUCGCCGUCCCGCCCCAACUCCCCGGACGAAUUCGCUCCGCGGAACUGCAGCUGCCCACCAUGUCUUCAUCGCAGAAGCGCAUCAGCAAGGAGCUCCAGGAGUGCACGGCCUCGCCGCCGGCGGGCAUGACGGUGAGCCUGGUGUCGGAGGCGGACCUGCACACGUGGGCGGUGACGCUGGCGGGGCCGGCGGGGACGGUGUACGCGGGGGGCGUGUUCGCGCUGACGGUGGUGCUGCCGCCGGACUACCCGUUCAAGGCGCCGCAGGUGACCUUCGCGACGCGCAUCUACCACCCCAACGUGACCAACGACAGCGUCGGCAGCAUCUGCCUCGCCCUGCUCAAGCCCGAGAACUGGAAGCCCUCCGGCCGCGUCCGCGCCGUCCUCGAGGCCGUCCGCCACCUCCUCAUCGAGCCCAACCCCGACGACCCCCUCGAGGCCCGCAUCGCCGACGAGUUCCGCUCCGCCCGCCCCGAGUUCGACAAGAACGCCCGCAGCUACGUCGCCCGCUACGCCCAGCAGCUGCCCCCCCGCAAGUAGCCCAGCCAGCCAGCCAGCCGGCUUCCCGAUGGACCAGGAGGGACUUAUCGGUCGUAUGCGACCGCCGGGACGUUUACGCCUAGUUGCUAUCGCAUUAUGCCCCUCGGAGUGGAGGGAGUUCAAGGAGGAAGAAGAGCUAGCUGAGCAGCAAUACCUACCAUGAGCGAUAUGACCACACGAACUUAUGAACACAAAUCACUCACAAUCAUACACCCACACAUACACAUACACAAAUAUAAGUAACCUUGGGAAGAAUUGAAAAAGGAGGAUUCACUUCAUACAGACAGACGAUAACACACACACACACACACACACACCCGCAAAUGUCGGGAGAAAUAAAAAUAGCUUUUUCAAAAAGUGAACCCCUCAAAAAUUACACG